AUGUCAUUUCAAACAUUAAUUGUCUUUUCUCUUUGUUUCUGUGUUGUCUUCAACACACCUAUCCCAAAUUCCGUUGAAAAUGAAAUUGAUUAUGAAUGGCUUGGUGGUGGUUUCGAAGGUGAUAUGAUCUUUCCUGAUGGAUUUGAUCCAACAAUUGAAUCAACUGGAAGAGGUGUGGCUAUUUAUGGACCUCGUCGUUGGUCUAAAAAUGUAAUUCCCUAUGAUAUGUCUUUGAUUACAAAUGCUGGACAUCGUAAUAUGAUUGAGUCAGCAAUGGCAACAUUAGUAAAUAUCACUAGUUCACCUAUAUCAGGUCAAACAACACACAAACCAUGUUUUACUUUUCGACCUGCAUUACCAAAGGAAUCAAACGUUCUUAAGAUUCAAUAUGGAACUGGUUGUAGUGCAACAGUUGGUUUUUCAUUUGCUCAAAAAAUUAUGACACUUGCCUAUCCUGGAUGUUUUCAUUCUGGUAUUAUUCAACAUGAACUUAUGCAUGUUCUUGGUUUCUAUCAUGAACAAUCACGUCCUGAUCGUGAUACCUAUGUUACUAUUAAUCGAGCUAAUAUUCAAUCAGGUCAUGAACAUAACUUUAACAAAUACAAAUGGGAUAAUACUGUUUUCAAUCAAAAUACCGCUUAUGAUUUUAAUAGUAUUAUGCACUAUGGUAGUAAUUUUUUUAGUAGUAAUGGACAAGCAACUAUUACACCUAAUGUACCUGGUGCAAGAAUUGGUCAAAGAGAUCAUCUUAGUCCAAUUGAUAUUGCUGAAAUUCGUUCAUUCUAUGGUUGUGCAGAUUAA